GAUCCGUGUAGAAUUCUGCUGCUCUAUCUGACACGCUCUUUCUCUCCGUUUGAGAUCUUACAGUUUAAUCCUUUCAGCUUGGUUUCGUAUUUUUUUUCUUCUCUUUCUCUCUCUCUCACAUCAAUUACUAUUUCUUUAUAGUAUAUAAAAUCAUAUGAUCUUUUCAUCACAGUUUCUGUUCUUGUGACCAUUUUUCUGCACAGUUGAAAUAAUACUAGUGCACAACCAUGCCUGUAACUUCUGCAAGAAGCUUCACUAUACCCAGAAACCAAGCUAGAAACAAUAAACCCAGUAACCAAAAGCAACAGAAACCCAUCUCAGAAACUGACCCCAUGUAUUCUAUCGUCCCAGCAACUCGCUCAAAAAUAUCCACCAUUUCCUCUCUUCUCCUAACACCCUUUUCACCCACAAGCCCUACCCAUGACCCAACAACACCCAUCACUAAAAAGAAGAAAAAGAACUUCACAUCAUUUAGAGGACUGGGUUGCAGGGCAACUUCACAAGUCUCUGUCCCUGCCGCAAUUACUGACUGGGAAUCCAAGAAAGUCAAGAGGAAGAAGAAGAAAGGCAAAACCCUCAAUUUUGUUGGUGGUGAUUCCAGCUUUUCCACCCACAACUCUUGUUCCAGAAAAGCAAGAAAAACAAGACACCCAUGUAUGGCUGCUUCUGUUGAUAAUUUUGUUGUUUCAAGAAGGCCCCUUUCUGCUAGAGGGAGAGUUGAUCUUGACAAGAUUACGCCCAGGGAGCAAUGUUCAUGUUCUAUGCGAAGAAUGGUGAGCCCAGAAGACUAUACUUUUCUUGAUACUGACACCCUGGAAAUGCCGCGCUCGCGAGCAGAUUGGUUUGGAUUUAGGCAUCAUCGCCAUUCUCACUAUGGUUUUCAUGAAGGGCUUGCAGAGAUUGUGAUGCUUCAGAAUAGUCUUAUGGGAGGAAGAACAGAUGGUCUUGAUCGAUACCGAAGCUUGAGGCUUAAUGUGGAUAACAUGUCGUAUGAGGAAUUGCUGGAACUUGGUGAUAAAAUUGGAUUUGUGAGUACAGGAUUGAAAGAAGAUGAGAUAACUCAAUGUGUUAGGAGAACUAAGCCCUUCUUCUUGAAUCAUUCAUCUCAUUUGCGCACAGAACUGGAGAAAAAGUGUAGCAUCUGUCAGGAGGAAUAUGAGGCUGAGGAUGAAAUGGGCAAGCUGGGUUGUGGACACUUGUAUCAUAUCCACUGCAUAAAACAGUGGCUUAUGCACAAAAAUAGUUGUCCCGUUUGUAAAUCUGCUGCCAUGUCAGAGAGCUAGCUUCCGAAGAAUAUUUCACCGUCAUGAACCUGUUGAUUUCGUAUUCCUUCUGUGUAUAUAGCCUUUGUGCAUGCAAGAAAAUUCUUUUUUUGUGGUUCUUUCCCAAGUGCAUCCUGAAAGCUGAAACUGAUGGCUCUUUUGUUUGGACAGCAGUCCAAUAUGGGACUGCUUCAAACAAAGUGGUUCACAAUCUUCUGGUUCUCUUUUAAUUACAAUGCUUCAAUCGUACAAAACUCCUACCAGAUAAUGAAUUUUUACUCGUGAUGUUCUAUUUUCAUGGUGACAAAUUGCUUCUCAUAAAUGCCUGCAUUUUCUCAGUGA